AUGAGUGCUCGAGAAUACAUUCUUCGCUUUAAUUCCUUAGCAGGGUAUGCUCCAGCUAUGGUAGCUGAUAUGGGGGACCGCGUACACCGGUUCGUGAGUGGUUUGGGGCCACAUUUGAUUAAGGAGUGUUUAAUGGCCUCACUCCAGGAAGGAAUGGAUAUCACUCGUAUUCAGGCGCAUGCUCAGAAUUUAGAGGAACAGCAGCAGCCGCAAAAGGGUGAACGUGAUUCUGAUAGAAGGUAUAGUAAGAGGGCCAGAUCUUUUGGUACUGCUAGCCACAUUAUGAGAGAUUGUCCUUUAAGAGUAGGUGGAGGUGUGGCUCAACCGACAGGGUCUGCAGUUGGUUCUUCAUCAUCUGUGUGCCCUCCUAGGCAGACCUCUCAGACUCCAGCAGGCCGUGACAGAGGCAGAGGGGGAGCAUCCCGCUUGAGCAGUCCUCAGAACCGUAUUUACGCGUUGACUGGUCGACAGAACUUGGAGUCUUCACCCGAUAUUGUUACAGGUACAUUGUCUGUAUUUUCUCAUGAUGUGUGUGCAUUGCUUGAUCCAGAUUCUACAUUAUUAUAUGUUACUCUUUAUAUUGUUGGUUGGAUUGGGGCGAAACUUGAGUCAAUUAAACCUUUCAAAGUGUUUCAUUAA